CAACAAUUGUAAAGCUCUGUUUAGGUCCAAUCUAGUGUAAUGCAAUUCAAACUAAAUUAGCAGAUUCUAACAUUGGAUUGCUCGCUAAGUAGACCGGACCACAGCAUGGCAGUUCAUUAUUUUAUAUCUUUAAAAACAAAUAUACAAGCUUAGUAACCCCGGGAGUAAAUCGAGUUGGCCAACAGUCUACUUUCCGUGGCUUGCCUAACGAUGCAGCUCGAUGGGAUGAUGGGCUUUUAAUUGCGGGAGUUUUUAUAUUCCUUCAAGAAAGAACAGUUCCAAGCACACCACGAUGGAGGUCUUACGAAAAGAAGAGGAGCAACAACUGAAAUAUAAACCCGGGGGUCGUUUGGACAUGAACCACGGUUUCCUACACCAUAUUCGUAGGAACCAGAUUGCCAGAGACGACUAUGACAAGGAGGUGAAGCAGGCCAAGGAAAAACAGAGGCGUAGACCCACGACGACCCCCAGGCGCCCACGCCGGCCUGACAUCCAGGUGUACCAUCCCCGGCGCAGGAAUGGAUCAGAACCCAGCACCAGUGCUGACACAGAGGAGUGGAACGAAAGCGGCUCGAGCACAGAGGCCGAAAGCCAGAGCACAGAGUUAUUCUGGCUUGACUACCAGGCAGACUGUGGCCGCCUCACCUCCUUCAUAGUGCACAAGGUAAGACCAAUCAAGGCAGCCCAUGGGGGGAGGAGCUCAGCAUGCGCAUUGGCUGGCCUUGUUUCAUUGACAAGCGUGACGAUCACCCACAAACAAAUCAUGUUGUCAGUGUGGAUCACAUGA